UUGUUUGCUUUUGGUAUAGCUGCAGCAAAGACUGAGUGAGUCAGAAACAAAGAGAAACACCACACACUGCUCUUCACAAACUGGUAUGCGUUUGCAGUAUCACAGGAAUGCCAAAGGAAAAAUAUGAUCCGCCUGAUCCACGGCGGAUGUACACAAUAAUGUCAACUGAGGAAGCAACCAAUGGGAAGAAGUCAUACUGGGCAGAGUUAGAGAUCAGUGGGAGAGUAAGGAGCUUAAGCACUGCACUGUGGUCACUUACACAUUUGACCGCGUUGCAUAUCAGUGACAAUUGCCUAGCCCGCAUUCCACCAGAUAUUGCCAAACUCCAUAAUCUGGUCUACUUGGAUUUGUCCUCCAAUAAGAUUAGGAGUCUACCAGCGGAGCUUGGAAACAUGGUGUCACUCAGGGAACUGCUUGUAAAUAACAACCUGUUACGGGUUCUACCUUUUGAGCUGGGAAAACUGUUUCAGUUGCAAACACUGGGGUUGAAAGGAAACCCACUUGCACAAGAAGUCUUGAACCUAUAUCAGGAACCAGAUGGAACGCGAAGGCUACUGAAUUACUUGCUUGAUAACUUGGCUGGUACCACGAAAAGAAUACCAACAGAGCUGCCUCCUUCAAGGUCAUGGAUUGUGUUGCAAGAACCUGACCGAACACGGGCUGCAGCCCUGUUUUCUGUAAUGUGUUACAAUGUACUUUGUGACAAAUAUGCUACCCGACAGUUGUAUGGCUACUGUCCAUCGUGGGCACUGAACUGGGAGUACAGAAAGAAAUUAAUAAUGCAGGAAAUUUUGAGCUGUAAUGCAGACAUCAUAAGUCUUCAGGAAGUUGAAACGGAGCAGUUCUUCACCUAUUUUCUGGUGGAGCUCAAGGAGCAAGGCUACGAUGGGUUCUUCAGCCCGAAAUCCCGAGCUAGGACAAUGUCCGAGUCUGAUAGGAAGCAUGUCGAUGGGUGUGCAAUAUUUUACAAAUCGGAUAAAUUUAACUUAAUCCAAAAACACACUGUUGAGUUCAACCAGCUGGCCAUGGCAAACUCUGAGGGUUCAGAAGCAAUGCUGAACAGAGUGAUGACAAAGGACAACAUUGGCGUGGCAGCAUUGUUAGAGCUGCGUAAAGAACUCAUGGAAAUGUCAUCUGGGAAGUCCCUUCACGGUAUGGAAAAGCAGUUAAUCCUUGUGGCUAAUGCACACAUGCACUGGGAUCCAGAAUACCCCGAUGUCAAGUUGGUUCAGACCAUGAUGUUCCUCUCUGAGGUCAAAAACAUUAUUGACAAGGCUUCUCGCAGUCUAAAAUUGUCAUCGGUUUCCGGAGAAGCAAACGCCAUCCCACUUGUACUUUGUGCUGAUCUCAACUCCCUGCCGGACUCUGGUGUUGUGGAAUACCUGAGCACUGGAGGGGUUGACACAACUCACAAGGAUUUUAAAGACAAGCGGUACAGCGACAGUCUGACCAACUUCAACUGCAAUGGGAAGAAUGGAACUUCAAAUGGAAGGAUAACUCAUGGCUUUAAGCUGAAGAGUGCCUAUGAGAAUGGCCUUAUGCCUUACACUAACUACACUUUCGACUUCAAGGGUGUUAUCGACUACAUCUUUUACUCCAAGCCUCUGCUUAAUGUAUUGGGCAUCCUCGGGCCACUGGACCCUCACUGGCUUAUUGAGAACAAUAUCAGUGGUUGUCCGCACCCACACAUCCCUUCUGACCACUUCUCUCUUUUUGCACAACUGGAGCUUAUACUGCCCUAUCUUCCUCCUGUCAAUGGAAUCCACCUUCCUGGCAGGAGGUAGUGGCUAACCUUUUCAGAGGGCAUGGUAUCCCCUGAACGAUAUUGUAAACUAACUUGUAAAAUCAAAAUAUAGAGGAGUGAGGUAUGGCCAACAGGGAUUUUUUUUCUAUUUUUUUUUUCAUCUGUUUUAAAAAGUUUAAUAAGCCUGCUAUUCAGCACAACAUAGUAUAUGAGCCCUUUAGUACUUUAUAUCCUGUUAAUGAGCUGAAAGGUUGGGGUGUUCUUUUUUUUUUCCAGCACCCACCUUUUGGUUUAUUGAUGUUUACCACCUUGUUUUAUACAGUAAUAUGCAGUUUUAAGCCUCAGAGUAUAGAUUUGAAAUAUGUAAUCUGUAGCACUGCUAGUUGAGGCCAGUAGUAACAAUCUUUAAUCAGUUCUUUCCAUACUUCACUCCCAAGGUUUUUACAGAAAAGUGUUUGUAUAAAAUAGAAUUUGGAUUUAGCCUUUAAUGAUUGUAUAUGAACCACAAAAGACAAUAUUAAUGGCAUUUUUGUACUUUAAAAGAAAUUUGGAAAAAUGAUUGUAUUGUAAACUAAGGCUACAUUUUUAUCUGUUUCAUUUGUUAUUAAAAGAAAAUGACCAGCUUGUAAAGACGUUAACAAGUGUUCUCUGCUAAUAUUUGCACUGUUCUGGGUUCAAUUGCCCGUAUGUACCACAUUUUAUUUUGAGAACAUUGCUUAUUUUAAAUUAAUUUCUAGAAAAGCUUUUUUCAAAUCCACUUUGUCUCUUCUCAAAACAGCUUUCUAGCCCCGUAAUUAUGCAGCUCCUGUUUUGUAUAUUCCCUCCCCCUAUUUCAGUUCUGUUGAACUUGCAUUUCUGCAUUCUCUGCUUGGCCACAUGGGGGGGAAAAUCAUGACAUUGAAUGCCUUGUAUCAUGGUGCACAGUAUUUUACUCUGACCUGUCCUCUUAAUGACUGUUAAGAAGAUUAAGUUUGAUUUUUGACCUGUCUGCAAAACAAAUUGAGGGAGGGAACAAAUACAAUUUGUGCUGCUGCGGAAAAUCAAUUUGAAAGGACCAUGUUCUAAUUAAAAAAAUAAUAAUAAUAAAUUAAUGUAAAAAAAAAAUGUGCCUCUCGUUCUCAAACAGCACUGCCUGUGCAAGCAGAGAAUACCUGUACAACCUCUUUUUUCAGAUUUUUUUUUAAAUACUGUACACAUUUGUGAAGAUUUUAUGAAGACUUUUGUAUAAGCUGUGGCAUUUCUGUCCUCAUGGAUUCUUGAAUACCAUAUUGAUCAGGUAGAGAACGGCAAAUGAAAUUUUACACCUGCCGGUCCUUGGCACUGCUUUCAUCUCUUGCACAGUGCUUUUGAAUUUGUUUUUCAUUAAGGAACAUUAAUCAUGUCAUCAUCAUCAUCAUCAUCAUGUCAAUUUUGUCAUUCAUUGUGUGCUCUGAUCUUAUCAUUCUUUGGUUGGGCUUUUAAAAUGUAGUUUUGCAGCAGUGUAAAUCUCCCCACCCCACCUCCAACAUACUAAUCACCCAUGCAACUAUUAAAGAUAGUUUUAUAUUCCUAGUGACCAAACUAUGCUUUUCUGUUAAGCUAGGCCAUUGCUAUAUAUUCUAUUUGUGUAUAGUGCCAUCUGUAGCAUAUUAACAUUAAGCCAAGUGUAAAGAUCUUUUAGUUUAGCUGUUGCAGUGCUUUCUGUACAAGGUGUUUUUGUUUUUUUAAAAAGGGGAGACUUUCUCAAUGAGCAAUAGCCUGGUCUAGCUUGUUUUGUUUCAUCUGCAGGCAGGGAAUCAAAAAAGAACAGGAUAUGGUGGUCAGUGUGAUCUAGGAUGGUGGUUCCCAACCCUGGUCCUGGGGACCCCUGUGUCUGCUGGUUUUCAUUCCAACUGAGCUCACAAUUACUUAACU